AUGAAAAGCCUAAUUGACAUCAUACCACAGGCAGUACUGAAGGAAUUCAAGAGAAGACAGAACAUAGUAUACAACAGACAUUUUCACAUAACAAAAGACAACAACAUUAAAAAAGUCGACAACUUAGAAAAAAGGUCAAGAAUUAAGUGGAACAACCAAGAAAGCUGGUUCAAGAACAUUUCCUCAGUACAAAUUCCUAAGGAAAUAGAAGACUUCUUAUCGCUAGGAUCAAAGUUCAGCAUAGCCAUACCGGUUAAAGAAAUAUCAAUCAAUAACCUUAUCACAGAUGUUGAAGAUAUAAUACAGAAAACUUCAGAAGAAAAUAGAGAUAUAUAUCGAACAAAAAUCUCUAGUAUGAUUACCAGUUACAUUCACAGAAACAGGGAUAUCACAUACCACACAGAAAAGCCGUUUAGAGAGACAAGAGAAUUUCUGAAAAAUAAUGAAAAUUUGAUCAUUCUGAACAGCGACAAAGGUUCAGUUACAGUAGCAAUGGACAAAAAUGAAUAUGUCCAAAAAAUGUACAACUUGAUGAAUGCAGAAAACUUCAAAAAACUUCCAAGAGACCCAACUACAACUUUACAGACUAAAUGUAAUCAAUAUGUAACCAGACUGUCUAAAUCAAAUUCAAUAAGUAAGCAACAAGAAAAAUCCAUGAAAGGUUACAAUGCAAUAUGCCCCAAAAUCUAUGGAAAUCCAAAAAUACACAAGGUAGGAUAUCCCCUUAGACCGAUUGUAGCAAGUAUACAGAGCCCAAUGUCAACACUGGCUGAAUUUAUAGCAAAAAUACUCUCGAAUGCUUACAACCAAAAUAAUGACUAUUAUAUAAAAGAUUCGUUUGAAUUUGCAACAUUUAUUAAUGACCUUGCUAUUCCACCAGAAUAUGAAGUAGUCUCAUUAGAUGUGGUAAACCUGUUUGGGAAUAUAUAUAAAGAACUAGUGAUGAAAGUGCUAGAGACUAAGUGGAGUAAGAUUGAAGAACAUUGUAAUGUACCCAAAACACUGUUUAUGGAGAUCGUUGAGUUCAUACUCGAUAACAACUAUUUCAUGUUUGAAGGGAAAUUUUAUGUACAGACAUUUGGCUGUGCUAUGGGUUCCAAACUUAGCCCGGUACUGUCCCUUUAUGUUAUGGAUUAUGUUUUGGACAUUUCCAUUCCAAAGUUGUCCUUCAAGGUGUUUUUCAUAAAAAAAUUUGUAGAUGAUUUGAUACUUGCAAUACCGAAAACAGGCUUGGAGGAGAUAAUUCAGGAUACAAAGAAUCUGCCAUCCAGAUAUGGUGGAUGCGAACAUAAAGAAAUUACAUGA